AUGAUUCUAAAGUCUUUAAACAUCCUCAGACAGAAGACCUCAGACAGAAGACCUCAGACAGAAGGCCUCAGACAGAAGGCCUCAGACAGAAGACCUCAGACAGAAGGCCUCAGACAGAAGGCCUCAGACAGAAGGCCUCAGACAGAAGACCUCAGACAGAAGGCCUCAGACAGAAGGCCUCAGACAGAAGACCUCAGACAGAAGGCCUCAGACAGAAGGCCUCAGACAGAAGGCCUCAGACAGAAGGCCUCAGACAGAAGGCCCUCAGACAGAAGGCCUCAGACAGAAGACCUCAGACAGAAGACUCAGACAGAAGACCUCAGACAGAAGACCUCAGACAGAAGGCCUCAGACAGAAGGCCUCAGACAGAAGACCUCAGACAGAAGGCCUCAGACAGAAGGCCUCAGACAGAAGGCCUCAGACAGAAGGCCUCAGACAGAAGGCCUCAGACAGAAGACCUCAGACAGAAGACCUCAGACAGAAGACCUCAGACAGAAGGCUCAGACAGAAGACCUCAGACAGAAGACUCAGACAGAAGACCUCAGACAGAAGACCUCAGACAGAAGGCCUCAGACAGAAGGCCUCAGACAGAAGACCUCAGACAGAAGACCUCAGACAGAAGACCUCAGACAGAAGGCCUCAGACAGAAGGCCUCAGACAGAAGACCUCAGACAGAAGGCCUCAGACAGAAGACCUCAGACAGAAGACCUCAGACAGAAGGCCUCAGACAGAAGACCUCAGACAGAAGACCUCAGACAGAAGGCCUCAGACAGAAGACUCAGACAGAAGACCUCAGACAGAAGGCCUCAGACAGAAGACCUCAGACAGAAGACCUCAGACAGAAGACCUCAGACAGAAGACCUCAGACAGAAGACCUCAGACAGAAGACCUCAGACAGAAGACCUCAGACAGAAGACCUCAGACAGAAGACCUCAGACAGAAGACCUCAGACAGAAGGCCUCAGACAGAAGGCCUCAGACAGAAGGCCUCAGACAGAAGACCUCAGACAGAAGACCUCAGACAGAAGGCCUCAGACAGAAGGCCUCAGACAGAAGGCCUCAGACAGAAGACUCAGACAGAAGACCUCAGACAGAAGACCUCAGACAGAAGACCUCAGACAGAAGACCUCAGACAGAAGACUCAGACAGAAGACCUCAGACAGAAGGCCUCAGACAGAAGGCCUCACACAGAAGACCUCAGACAGAAGACCUCAGACAGAAGACCUCAGACAGAAGGUCUUCGGGGGCGGCACGGUGGCUGAGUGGAUAG